AAUCAACCUGUGUAGAGUUUUCUGAUGAAAAGAUAGAACACAGAGAAGACCAGGAUAUAAUUAGUAAGACACCAAAAGAACAAGAUACUAAUACCAAAGAGCAAGUUAAGGAAACAAAUACUUAUCUAACAUCAACAGAGUAUCCUCAAAAGUCACUCAACCAGCUUACUAUAAAAGACCAUGAUGGAAUGUCUUCGAUGCUUGAUCAAAAGAUGUUCAUAGAUCUUGAUAACCCCUUAAAAGAGAAUAAAGAUAUUAAUAUAAUAUUAAAAUUAAAUAAGAACCAAAUAAUUAAGAAUUGUCUCAAUUCAAAGACCAGUAAGAGAUUUCACGACCAUAGUAAAGAUCUAAAAGAUCUUGAAAGGUCUAAACCUCAGAAAGAUCACAAAAGAAGGCUCAAUGCAUUGAGAAAGUCUAAAGGCAUAGCAAAGAUUAUAAGAAAUAUUAAGAGUACGCUCAAGCACUCGGCACAAGCUAUGCUUGAAAUGGUCUCAAGUGAAAUAGUCUUAGAUAAAAAUACUGAAGUAGUCUCUAAAGUGGUUUUUGCUACUAAGAAAC